UAGGCAAAGAUAAAGAGAGAGAAAGGAACAGGAGAGUGGAGAGUUCGGUUGCGCAGCAAGAAAACAAACAGUCCCCAACUAGUGUGAAUGUGUGUGUGUGUGAUCGAAAUUCGAAAGGAGGAACGAGAGGAAUCAAAUCAAUCGAUCAAGCGAUCGAGAAAUCAAGAAGUGAAGAAAUGGGGGGAGAGAGAGAGGACCCACAGCAGCUCAAGAGAGCGGCGGCGGCGGCCUACGACUACGAGAACGACCCCAGGUGGGCCGACUACUGGUCCAACAUCCUCAUCCCUCCUCACAUGUCCUCUCGCAGCGACGUCGUCGACCAUUUUAAGCGCAAGUUCUACCAACGCUUUAUCGAUCCUGAACUUAUGGUAGACGUGAUGUCAUCUAGCAGUUCUGCCCAGCCAAACGGACCAUCUGCCUCGUCCCGGACGACAAAUGACCAAACUCAGCCCCGUAGCGCAGGUUCAACUCCCAGAACUCCAGGGACACCAGCAGCAGCUCCUCCAACUUCUCUGCGUUGGGAUCGAAAAACCAUUCAGUUUUCUGUAAACGCUUGGGUGUUUCUUGUGGCUGUGUUUGCAAUUUUCCCACUGGUGCCUAGAAACCUUUCACAUAGGGCAUAUCGGCUUUCCUUUAUGGGCACUGCAUGUUCAUCUCUGUAUUCCUUGUACUCACUCUACGGGAAACCAAGGGCUUGGAACUUGCAGGCUUUUCAAGUGUACUUUCAGUCAAUUAUCAUGACUAAGGAUUUUAUCUACUUGAUGUACUGCCUUACCUUUGUCACAUCACACCUUUGCCUAAAAUUCGCACUGAUUCCCAUUCUGUGUCGGGCUCUUGAGCACGUUGCCAAGUUCCUUAGGCGCAAUUUUAGUCAAUCCUCCUUGUACAGGAAGUACCUGGAAAGGCUUUGUGUUUGGGUGGAGUCAAAUACAACUACCCUCAGCAUACUUUCUUCACAUGCUGAGAUCGGAGUUGGCUUCCUUCUGAUUAUUUCAUUGUUCUCGUGGCAACGCAACAUUGUACAGGCAUUCAUGUACUGGCAGCUCUUGAAGCUCAUGUAUCAUGCCCCAGUGACUGCUAACUACCAUCUGAGCGUGUGGACCAAGAUCGGAAGGAUAGUUCAUCCUCUCAUCCACCGCUACACCCCGUUCUUGGGAACUCCCCUCUCUGCUGUCCAGAGAUGGUGGUUGCGGUAGAGGUAGAGAAUCAGAGACUCGGCGUUCUUGGGAACUCCCCUCUCUGCUGUCCAGAGUUGGUCGUUGCAGUAGAGGUAGAGAAUCAGAGACUCGGAAGAAGAAGAUGAGAUUGGAGAAGGACGUCGAUGGAAAUUCGCUUGAAUUCUUGUUAGCUAAAAGAAAAAACCGACGUCUGAUAUACUGAAUUUGUCGAAACUCAUUUGGAUUGCAGAUGGAUAAAAAGUAUAUCGAGUUAUUUUUCUCAAGUGGAUUUUAUUCAUCCAAAUGCCGAUUCUGAUGGACUACAAACUCUUUUUACCAAUUACCAUAUAGAUUUCGCCCAAGUACGA